AUAAGCUCCAAGACGCUUAGGCGACGCAGAGGCCCCCCCGAUUUCAGCACCUUAUCUUGAGUGUUUCGCUCACCUGAGAAAAGCGUACCAAUAAGCACUAUCGGGACAGGGCCCUUAUUGGAGUUUAUCGCCCGCCGUCCCCCCUCUCUCUCUAACCCCCCCACGAUGAAUUGUCGAGGAGAGAAGAAACGUGGGCAGAAGGAGCUUCGUGACGGGAGAGGGGGGGAGGAGGGCGCUGAGUCGUCGUUGCUUGCGCAGAUUUUGGUCUGCCACGGCCGGAGAAAAUACCAGGGGAGAUGGCGGGAGACUGAAAGAAGACACACUUACGUAUCGGGAUACCUUGAGAGCGGCCGGCCCCCCCAAUUCUCUCUCUGUCUCCGCGCCGCAAAGGAACUCCUCGGAGGACUCCACCAAGCGCACGACAGACAGUCGAGAAGUCGCGUCAGCCGUCAGUGUGUUCGGCGACAGCCAUUCUGCUGAGUAAGACCCACUACCCGUCCUUUU